CAUGAUGGUCCUCGUGACGCAGGGAUGAAAAACUCCGGACCGGAAAUCAAACACAACAAUCAUUUAGCUCUUUAUUAUUUAUUUCUAUAAUUUAAACUGAGUAUUUAUUUAUCAUCCACUAAAGAGAUAAGAGUGUGGAAAAUGUCUUCAUGUUGUUGAAAAUUAUUUAAAACUCCUCGCGAUCAUUUCUGUUCAGGCGCGGGACGGACUGAUUCCACGGGCAUUCUGGGAAAUGAAGUUUUUCUACGAUGCUGCCGAAAAACAGGAGCAGCAUCCAGCUGGAAGAAGCAGAGAGGAGCUCAGUCCGGGCUAUGAUGCUGCUGUUAGUCGCUGUCGCGGGCCUCGGAGCGGUGACGUUACUGGUGCUUUUAUUCUCCACACACAUCCGGAGCUAUGCAGCAGGAGGAGUGUGCAUGUCCACAGCUCCUCUGGAGGGAAAGACAGUCCUCAUCACUGGAGCCAACACGGGGAUUGGGAAGGAGACCGCCCUGGAUAUGGCAGUGAGAGGCGCUCGGGUGAUCAUGGCGUGUCGAGAUGUGGACAAAGGGGAGGAAGCGGCGGCCAGUAUACGAGCGGCGUGUCCCCGAGCCGACGUGGAGGUCCGGGAGCUGGACCUGGCAGACACCUGCUCCAUACGAGCCUUCGCACAGAAGUUCCUGAGAGAGGUCAACGAACUUCAUAUCCUCAUCAAUAACGCCGGCGUGAUGAUGUGUCCUUACAUGAAAACUAUCGACGGCUUUGAGAUGCACAUCGGAGUCAACCACUUAGGUCACUUCCUGUUGACGUCCCUCCUCAUCGGGCAGCUGAAGCGCAGUGCGCAUGCCCGGAUCGUCGUGGUCUCCUCUCUGGCGCACAACUUCGGCUGGAUCCGAUUCCACGACCUGCACAGCCAGGGGAGCUACAACAGCGGCUUAGCGUACUGCCAGAGCAAACUGGCCAACGUGCUCUUCACCAGAGAGCUGGCCCGGAGACUCAAAGGUACCAACGUGACGGUGAACUCGGUCCACCCGGGGACGGUGAACUCUGACCUCACCAGACAUUCGACCCUGAUGACGAUAUUCUUCACCGUCUUCUCCACGUUCCUGAAAACGCCGCGAGAAGGAGCGCAGACGAGUAUCUACUGUGCGGUGGCGGAGGAGCUGCACUCCAUCUCUGGGAAACACUUCAGCGACUGCGCCCCCGCCUUCGUAGCCCCACAGGGCAGGAGUGAGGAGACGGCGAGGAGACUGUGGGACGUCAGCUGUGAACUUCUGGGGAUCGAGUGGGACUGAUUCCACUUUUCACCUCCGCGUCUCUCAGCUCUCCAACGAGCCUCUCUCUCUCUCUCCUCUCUCUCUCUCUCUCUCU